UGGUAUCCCUGCCCGGCUGCUGCCCCCAGGCUUCCAUCACCCUGGGCCUAGAAUAGAUCCUCAAAGGUUGGAGGAGACAACGUUAAAGGCACAGAGUUUAUUGGGGAGUCUGGCUCCAGGACCCGCGAGUUCUCAGCAGGUGGGGCGGCGCGGAUGGCGCUCCUGGCCUCCGAGCGGUAGGGGGCGCUGUGCAUCGGUGUGGCCUCUGGGGAACGGGGCGCACACAGCGCAGACGCACUCGUGACUGCUUCUGCGUCUCCACGUGUGAACUUUCCCGGCACCUUUUUGAGAAAAAUGCCCAAAUUCAAGGCGGCCCGCGGGGCCGGGGGCCAGGAAAAACACGCUCCCCUUGCCGAGCAGAUUCUGGCCGGGGACGCGGUGCGGGCAGGGGCCCGGGAGAAGCGGCGCGGUCGCGGGACCCAAGAGGAGGAAGAAGAGUAUGUGGGGCCCCGGCUGAGCCGACGGAUUUUGCAGCAAGCGCGGCAGCAGCAGGAGGAGCUCGAGGCCGAGCAUGGGACUGGGAGCCGGUCCGCGGCGCCGCGGGAGCGCAUCACGCGGCUGGGUCCAGGAGUGCCGCAAGAUGGAUCAGAUGACGAGGAUGAAGAGUGGCCCACCCUGGAGAAGGCUGCCACAAUGACAGGGGCCGGCCACCAUGCAGAGGUGGUUGUGGACCCUGAGGAUGAGCGUGCCAUUGAGAUGUUCAUGAAUAAAAACCCUCCUGUCAGGCGUACCCUGGCUGACAUCAUCAUGGAGAAGCUGACUGAGAAGCAGACGGAAGUUGAGACAGUCAUGUCCGAGGUGACAGGAUUCCCUAUGCCCCAACUGGACCCCCGGGUCCUAGAGGUCUACAGAGGAGUCCGGGAGGUGUUAUCCAAGUACCGCAGUGGGAAGCUGCCCAAGGCAUUUAAGAUCAUCCCUGCACUCUCCAACUGGGAGCAGAUCCUCUAUGUCACAGAGCCUGAGGCCUGGACCGCUGCUGCAAUGUACCAAGCCACAAGGAUUUUCUCAUCUAACCUGAAGGAACGCAUGGCUCAGCGCUUCUACAACCUUGUCUUGCUCCCCCGAGUACGAGAUGAUAUUGCUGAAUACAAACGACUCAAUUUCCACCUCUACAUGGCACUCAAGAAGGCCCUUUUCAAGCCUGGAGCCUGGUUUAAAGGGAUCCUCAUCCCACUGUGUGAGUCGGGCACCUGUACCCUCCGGGAAGCCAUCAUCGUGGGUAGCAUCAUCACCAAAUGCUCCAUUCCUGUGCUGCACUCCAGCGCGGCCAUGCUGAAAAUUGCUGAGAUGGACUACAGCGGUGCCAACAGCAUCUUCCUGCGGCUGCUGCUGGAUAAGAAGUACGCACUGCCCUACAGGGUGCUGGAUGCUCUGGUCUUCCACUUCCUGGGGUUCCGGACGGAGAAGCGUGAACUGCCCGUGCUCUGGCACCAGUGCCUCCUGACUUUGGCCCAGCGCUAUAAGGCAGACCUGGCCAUGGAGCAGAAAGAGGCCCUCCUGGAACUGCUCCGGCUGCAGCCCCAUCCCCAGCUGUCCCCUGAGAUCAGACGUGAGCUUCAGAGCGCAGUGCCCCGAGAUGUGGAAGAUGUUCCCAUCACCAUGGACUGAGGAAACAGCCACUCAUCCUGGUCUGAGGGGUGUGGGAGGACACCAGGAUCCCAGUUAAGGUGACACUGAGCCUUUACAACUGGGCAGUGAGAGCUCCUGGGCAUCUGGGACCCCCCGGUACCCUGCAGGGCGGACCGAGGGUCAGGCCAUUGUUGCUGCUCAGUUCUGGAACCUGUUUGAGAUCCACACCCCAGGAUUCCCACUGCCCUGCUGGGGCUUCGAGUUCUUUCUCCCAGGCUAUGUCAAUCCCUGGGAUGUGGAUGAAAAGGCGGGUAUUUAUUGAG